UUAUAUGUUCCAAUAUGUCAUCUGUAUCUAGUUGAUUAUCUGUCAAUCAUGCGAACGUCGUAGUAUUACGUACUUUGAUAUAUAUAAAGGAAAAAUAUAAUUGUUUAACAUGUCUGUUAACAUAGACAUUAAAUUAAAACGUGCCAGUAAAAUAUACCAUGAAGGGGAGGUUGUCACUGGUCUUAUAUUAUUACAAACAAAUUCCGAUUUAAAGCACGAUGGUAUAUUCCUUACAAUGGAAGGUUCAGUUAAUUUACAAUUAAGUUCAAAAAAUGUUGGUAUCUUUGAAGCUUUCUACAAUUCUGUAAAGCCUAUUCAAUUAGUACAAUAUACUUUAGAUGUUGCUCCUGCUGGCAAAAUACCAAGCAGUAGAAUACCAUUUGAAAUACCCUUCGAAUUACCAUUAAAACCACGAGGGAAAAAACCAUUAUAUGAAACUUAUCAUGGAGUUUUUGUGAAUAUACAAUAUUUGAUACGUUGUGAUAUAAAAAGAAACUUUCUUGCAAAGGAUGUAAGCAAGUCAUUGGAAUUUAUUGUGGAAGACAAAUUCACUAUUAAAGUCGAUAAAGAGCAUAGUAAAAUUGUAUUCUUUAAGAUAACACCAGAGUCUUUACAAAAUACAAAAGAUAAAGUUAAUGUUCCAAGAUUUUAUAUUUCAGGAAGAUUAGAUUCAUUGUAUUGUAAGAUUUCAGAACCUCUUAAAGGCGAGGUAGUAAUUGAACAUUGUGAAGCUGUUAUAAAAUCAAUUGAAUUGCAGUUGGUAAGAGUAGAAACAUGUGGCUGUGCAGAAGGAUAUUCGAGAGAUGCAACAGAAAUACAGAAUAUACAGAUAGGAGAAGGAAAUGUAUGUACGAAUUUACCCAUACCUAUUUAUAUGAUAUUUCCAAGAUUAUUUACUUGUCCCACUUUAAGCACAAGUAACUUCAAAGUUGAAUUUGAAGUAAAUCUUAUUAUUAUAUUUGAAGACGAUUAUUUAGUUACUGAAAAUUUUCCUAUAAUACUUUCCAGAUACUAACUACUGUUGAUAUAUAAAAAUAUAAACUGUAGCAGCACGUAAAUGCAAUCACUAUAUGAUUUGGCAAUAAAAAUUUGUCUUAAGUUAGUUAAAUAAUGCAUUAAUUUUACAUUAUGUACACACAAUAUUAUUUUUUUUAUAUAUCAAAUAUUUUUAUAUAUUAGUUUAUAUAAUAUAGAGUAUAAGUAAUAAUUGUUGAUAGAAAUCUUUUCUAUAUAAAAAGUGUAAAUUAAAAGGUAUUUUUUUAUGCCCAAAAAACACCAGAAUUAUUUAUAAGUAAUAAUGCAGUAUUUAUGCAGAUUAUUUCAGAUUGUUAAAUUUUAUUAGUUUUCCUCUUGCUUUAGUUAAGUCCAGUUUUUUGGACAAACAAUCUAUAAUACUUUUCUACUUGCUUAUUAUGUGUCAAUCCAACUGAAGCUAAUAAUAUGACAUAUCCAAGCAUAAAAGUUAAUAAUUUAUGCUGUCUAAACCAGUCCAAUAAUCCAGAACUUUCAUUACUCCUAAAAUAUAAGAAACAUAAUAAAUUAAAAUCUAUUAUCUUUCAUGAUACAAAAUAUUUAUAAAAAUUAUCAAAUAAAUGUUACCUCGUUGGAUGAACUUCUUGACUAUAAACAAGAAGAUAACGAAUCCUUACUAAAUCACUGUUGGUAACUAAAUAAUAUUUAUCCGGAACUGAUUCAGAUAACGUAUUUUGUAUUCUAACUCCUGAAUUAUGUUUUUUUAUAGUAGGGUGAUUAAUAAAUUCACAAAGAGCUACACAACUCAAUUCACUACCAAGAACACUGCCACCCCAUCCAUAGCCUACUGGACUAUAUGGUAAACUUACUCCUAAUUCACUUGAAAGAUAUAUUCCUUUUCCAAAAAGCGAUUUCUAAAAUACAGCAAAAUUAUAUAUUAAAAAAUAAAAGUUCUACGAAAAUAUUAUGUAUUAUAGGUGCUACAUAAAUUAUUGUAAACAAUUAAAAUAUUAUUAUUAUUAUUAUUAUUAAUUUUACCUUACACAUGUUCUGUUGUAAACCAUAA